ACUGCAGUCAGCUGACCUGUGAGGCAGCGUAUGCUGUGUGCAUUGUGAUACGCCAGCAGCCGCAGCCGUUCUGCGUGGCGAGAUUGUGGCUGGGCGUGACGGGCACGGCGGUGGUGGCGGUUGCUCCGGCUAUACUGUGACAGUUUGCAUGCCAAGAUGACCCAGGGUGAGGGAAGUAAUAUUGAGUUCAGAUGGGAUCCCAAGAAUUUGGAGAUCAAAACACGUUCUGUUGAGAUGACAUUGGAGCCCUUGGUCAUCCAGGUGACAACACUGGUCAACACCAAGGGCCCGUCCAACAAGAAGAAGGGUCGCAGUAAGCGGGCACAUGUGCUGGUGGCAGCUGUGGAGAAGGCCACGGCCAACUUCCUGGAGCGGGGCGAACAGAUCGCGCUGGAGAACCCGGACAUCCGACAGGAGAUGCUGGCGGCGGUGGACGAGGUCAAGAAGACAGGCGAGGCGAUGAGCGCCGCGUCCCGGGCGUUCGCUGAGGAGCCGUGCAGCUCGGCCAAGCGCGGCAGCAUGGUGCGCGCCGCGCGCAGCCUGCUGUCGGCCGUCACACGCCUGCUGAUCCUGGCCGACAUGGUGGACGUGCACCGUCUGCUCAAGUCCCUCCGGCUGGUGGAGGACGACCUGGAGCGCCUGAAGAACGCCUCGAGCCAGUCGGAGCUGCUGGAGAACUUCCGCGCGUUCGGCCGCAACACUGACGAGCUGGUGAACCAAGCGGCGCGCCGCCAGAUGGAGCUCAAGGACCCGCAGCUGCGCGACAAUCUGGCCGCAGCGCGUGCCGUGCUCAAGAAGAACAGCAUGAUGCUGCUCACCGCGUCAAAGGCGUACGUGCGGCACCCGGAGCUGGCGGCGGCCAAGGCGAACCGUGACUUCGUGUACCGCCAGGUGUGCCAGGCGGUGGACACCAUCGGCGACAUCGCCAACGGCCGCGCGCCGCGCGCCGCCGACACCGACCCGGCCGAGGCCCCCGGCGUGCUGGCUGCCGCGCUCGACGAGUUCGACGAACGGAUUGUCAUGGACCCGCUCACCUACAAUGAGGUGCACACGCGGCCGGCGCUGGAGGAGAAGCUGGAGCUGAUCAUCUCGGCCACGGCGCUGGUGGCCGACUCGUUCUGCACGCGCGACGACCGGCGCGAGAAGAUCGUGUCGGAGUGUAACGCCGUCCGCCAGGCGCUGCAGGACCUGCUCUCCGAGUACAUGUCCAAUAUGGGCCGCAAGGAGCCGAGCGAGGAGCUGGACCGCGCGCUGGACCACAUCAGCCGCAAGACGCGCGACCUGCGCCGCCAUCUGCGCAAGGCCGUCGUCGACCACGUGUCCGACAGCUUCCUGGAGACCAACGUGCCGCUGCUGGUGCUCAUGGAGGCGGCGCGCGCCGGCAACGAGCGCGAGGUGGAGGAGUACGCCAAGGUGUUUCAAGAGCACGCCACCAAGCUGACGGAGGUAGCCAAGCUGGCCUGCAACAUGUCCAACAACGGCGACGGCGUCAAGAUGGUGCUGUACGCCACUUCGCAGAUCGAGAACCUCUGCCCGCAGGUGAUCAACGCGGCCCGCGUGCUGGCCAGCCGGCCCAAGUCCAAGGUGGCCCAGGACAACAUGGAGGUGUUCCGGGCGGCCUGGGAGAACCAGGUUCGCCUGCUGACGGACGCCGUCGACGACAUCACCACCAUCGACGACUUCCUGGCCGUGUCGGAGGGCCACAUCCUGGAGGACGUCAACAAGUGCGUGCUGGCGCUGCAGGAGAGCGACGCCGACACGCUGGACCGCACGGCCGGCGCCAUUCGCGGUCGCGCCGCGCGCGUCUGCAACGUGGUCGGCGCCGAGAUGGACAACUACGAGCCCUGCAUGUACACCGAGCGCGUGCUCGAGGCCGUCAAGGUGCUCCGAGAGCAAGUGAUGCCCAACUUCGCGCAGCGUGUGGAGGUGGCCGUGGACGCGCUUGGCUCCAGCCCGCAGAAGGAGGUGGACGAGAACGAGUUCAUCGACGGCUCCCGGCUGGUGUACGACGGCGUGCGCGAGAUACGGCGCGCCGUGCUCAUGAAUCGGACGGAUGACGAGCUGGAUCCGGAAGAGGUGGAGCUGGACGAGUACUACACGCUGGAGACCCGCAGCAAGUCGAGCGCCCACACCACUGACCACCUGGUGGAGGACGAGUACCCGGACAUCAGCGGUAUCUGCACGGCUCGGGAAGCGAUGAGAAAGCUGAACGAAGAGGAUAAGGAGAAGAUCGCCGAGCAGGUGGAGUACUUCCGCACCGAGAAGCUCAAGUUCGACGCCGAAGUGGCCAAGUGGGACGACACAGGCAACGACAUCAUCGUCAUCGCCAAGCACAUGUGCAUGAUCAUGAUGGAGAUGACGGACUUCACCAGGGGUCGCGGCCCCCUCAAGACCACCAUGGACGUCAUCAACGCCGCCAAGAAGAUCUCGGAGGCUGGCAGCCACCUGGACAAGAUGACCCGCCAGAUCGCCGACCAGUGCCCCGAGUCCAGCACCAAGAAGGACCUGCUGGCCUACCUGCAGCGUAUCGCUCUGUACACCCACCAGCUGAACAUCACCUCCAAGGUGAAGGCCGACGUGCAGAACAUCAGCGGCGAGCUGAUCGUGUCCGGCUUGGACAGCGCCACCUCGCUGAUCCAGGCGGCCAAGAAUCUGAUGAACACGGUGGUGGUCACCGUCAAGGCCUCCUACGUGGCCUCCACCAAGUACCGCAGCACCCGUGUCGCCUCGCCGAUCGUGGUGUGGAAAAUGAAGGCACCCGAGAAGAAGCCGCUGGUGCGCCGCGAGAAGCCUGAGGAAGUACGCGCUAAGGUGCGCAAGGGCUCGCAGAAGAAGCACCUGACGCCGAUCAAGGCGCUGGCCGAGUUCCAGAGUCCGGCCGACAGCGUGUAGACGCGCGCGGAGGGGCGGCACCGGCCGGUCUUCGGCGCGCCGCCGGUGCGGACCGGCCCGAGGGUCUGAGCGAUGCUGAGACGGCGCUGUGCUGGAGCCUGGCAGCCGCAGUCGUCGCCUUACUGCACUCCCCGGUGGCGGCGGGGUUUGAGUUGGUCGGCACCGCCCCGUGACGCUCCGGCAGCAGUGGCUGGUGGCCUGUUGGCCGGCCCGCGUAAGCAACCUCACUGGUGUUGAAGUACAGUUCUUCCCAUGAUUCCCAGCCGAUCGUGUUAAACACCGCCAGAUCCGCGAAUUAUGUGCUGCUGGUAGAAACACGUUCGGUUUCGACACUUGUGCAUAUAAAGAUAGUGGGUGGUUGAAGAUGAUCCGGGGAUCUGUGCAGCUAGCAGAAUCGUUUGAGAAGCCGUUAUUUUGAUAAUCAUAUUACCGGCGAUGAUCACGCCAAUCUGGGAGAUUUUACUAUUUUAUUAUCGGUAGGAGUAUCUAUUGUAUUCGUAGUUGGAAUGCGCACGAUUUUAGUCGUAGUGACUUGCACGUGGUGUGUUGUACCGUUUUCUUUCGACGCACAUUUGUUCGCGAGGUUUACGUGCGACUCACGAAACCGUCUUCAGCUUCUUUCGCUUUAGAAGGCCGUCAUCAUCACCAACAGCUGAUCACUGGUACCCGUGGGAAGAGCGUCGUUUCGCAUGCCAGUCUUUUGUAGUAGCCAAAGCUCUCGAAGCAUUCCGACGUAUUUUUGUAUCGAUGAGGUUUCCUGUGACCGGGGUCGUUUCCUUUGACUAUCGGCUGAAGAGGGCCGUGUGCCCAAAUCCUGCCUUAUGACAUGUUUCACACGCCACGCCGUUUAAUUGCGAAGGACUGUAAUCGUUUGCUCUCCAUCCAUCGACGAGCGUCUGUUUGAUUUGUCUUGUGCUGUGCUUCGCUGAUGAUAAACACGGCCCCGUCCGCGGACGCGGGAGUAACUACCGUACACCUGCCGCGUGUCACUGGCAGCUUCGAGUGCAUCUGGUAGAUGUAGGCCUUUUUGAAUAAAGUACAUUCGAACCUUC